AACAACCAGGAACCGAGUGGCGGUGCGGUCAGUCCGGAGCUUUAGCUUCAAUAUAAACUAUUAACAGACCACAUUGUUCCUGUUAUUAUAGGUCUGUGCCGCCAUCUGGGCAGAACAUUGUCUGUGGGCAUGAAUCUCGGAGACGGCCUCCUGUUUGAGCUUGAAAACGGAAAACCCAAGUUGAUUUUACUCAAUCGUGGCGUUGAGAAGAAUGCAGCAAAGCUGUCCUGCAGGUCCAGAGCGGCGAACAUCCUGAGCUCCAGGCAGCCGUCCUGUGUGGAGGAGGUGCAGGGAGAAGAGCAUCCAGCCCGGCAGCAGGCGGGAAGGCAGAGAGAAACCAAGAACAAGGCAGGAGGAGCAGCCGCCUCCUUCGCCUCUAACAGCACAACCACCGCUGGGGGGAGGAGCACCACUGUGACGUCAUCCAAGACACUUGAGCAUCACAAAGGGGGCAGCUUCAAAGUUGUAGCUAAGGGGAAGUCAGACAGACACAAACACAGCACUACUGUUGGCUCCUUGAGAGGCAAUGGGAAAACGGGACAGCCUGUCAGUGGGACACGAGCUGGUGGAAAGGUGGGACUAAAGGAUGCGUUGGUCAGUGGGAACGCAGGACUGAAGGACAGUGUGGCGUGUCUGACCAGUGAGCAGCUUCAGCAGAUCCUCAACACAAUCCAAACCACCAGCAAUGGCCAAGACCCACCAGAGGACCACAGGACUCAGGGAAAUCCAGCAGACCCGAAAUCUGGCUCCUUGAUGAAUGAAGGAGGAAGAGGGAAGAGAAAGGAGGAAGACAGAGGAGGAGGGGGAGAAAUAAAGAGGGGAGAAGGAGGAGAAGGAACUGACAGAAGUGGAAGCUCACAGGAUAAAGACAACAGGUUGUCCGGAUGUCUGUUCAGCUGGCUGGAGGAGCGACACUCAGACAGCAGAGCGGCCAUCGAUGCCAAGAAGGCUCAGUGGAGGAGAGAACUAGGUAUACGCGAUGAGCAAGUUGGGCACUGGAAGCAGCAGCAGCGCUCGCCCCUGGCAGACUCCAAGGCCGAGGACGACACAGAGAGUGUGUUAGUCAGUUCAGAGCCCAUCUAGCACAGAGAAACAUGCCUGCAGCCAUCAGAUCCAAGCCUCAGACUCGGCUGUUUCUCUCUGUAGGAGGUCACUCCGAUAGAGGUGCUGAGUGUCGAGAGGAAAGAGGAGCAGAAAAGACGCUGGCUGGAGGAGCUGGACCAACAGAGAGAGGAGACGACUGAACGCAGGAGACGAGAGAAACUGUUGCAGCAACAGACGGAGGACCACGAGCACUGGGCCUCACACUUCGACUCGCUGCAGAGAAGACCUCCUGUCCAGACUGCCACUCCAUCAGCUCCACCUCCAGCCCCGUCUAAUGGCUCCGAGCGAGGGGACUGGGAGCCCUCGUCCAGCCUGUCCCUGGUCUGGGAGGCCAUGAGCAGCUGUGGAGCAGAGAGCGUCGGGGGAGCCAGCGUGGACACAACCAGCGGAUACCCGACCAGAACCAGUUAUCUGAGGUCCAUGACCGCCCUGCUGGACCCGGCCCAGAUAGAAGAGCGAGAGAGGAGGAGGCUCAAACAGCUGGAGCAGCAGAGAGCGAUUGAAGCUCAGUUGGAGGAGAAGCGGCAGCAGAGGGAGCGAGAAGAGGCGAGGAGGAGAGAAGAGGAGGAGGAGGAAGAGAGGAGGGUGGUGUUUGACAGAGAGAUGCUGGAGAGACGGUACGGGGUGGACACACAGAAGGAGAAGCAGAAGGAGCAGCAGAGCCAUCAGGACGAGCAGCCAAAUAAAGGCAACGAUGACAGAAGACAUCAGGAGAACCCGGAGCUUCAACUUCAAAUCAACUCUGUAGAGGCAGUUCCUUCUUUCCCGCUCAGAGCCGACAGAGUUCAGACUCCUGAUGUCUCUGCACAGUACCAGCCACCUCCUUCCCUGUCUGCUGCUCCCCCAAACAGCAGGAGCCGAGCAGUGAGAACAGGCAAGGAGAACAUCUGUCUGCCAGGAGGAGGAGCGGCAGGAGGAGUAAGGGGAGGAGAAGGAGGAGUAGGAGGAGACCCAUAUGAGGCGUUUGCCAGGACGGAGAAGAGCAGGAGAGACAAGAGGAGGCCAGAGUGGAACACACAGAGGCCCAGUCGUCAGUUCGUUCCAGCCUCUGAGCGUUACCCAGCCUCUCUGCAGAGGAACAGACAGGAGAGUCGAAUGAAAAGGCAGGCCGAGCUCCUCGCUCUGCAGGAGAAAGCCUGUCUGUCUAAGACCAACCCUCCACCUCAGCACCAGGAGCCACGUCUCUACUCCAACCCCACACAGACCAGAACCAGUCCCACCAGGAAGGUGGAGAGCGUUUCCAGAGGACACAACAUCUCUGCAGCUGUCAGCAGUGAAAGGGGGCGCUCUCCUCCCGUCCCUGCUGUCAGACACAGAGUUCAGAGUCAGCAGGCCCCGCCCUCCUCUACCCCUCCUCCUCCAGUCCUGGAGUUCAUCCCUUACCUCCGGACUGAUGAAGUCUUCAAGUUGGAUCCACUGGAGCCUGCUGACACCCCCCCACCGCACACACACACAGAAGCUCCUCCUCAGAGCUCAGCGUCUCCUCCUGCUCCCUCACACCGGGAUCCCCUCCUCCACCCCNUGCUCCUAAAACCUGAUCAUCAUAAACAAUUAAGGAUCCUACAGAUGUACCAAUGAAUGUUUGUGUGUUUUCAGGGUUUAUUACAGAAGCAGAGGGAGUUGGAGACGGAUCUGAAUCCUCUACUGAAGCGCCAUGACAACGAGCUCCGAUGACCUCUGACCUGUGUGUGCUGACAAUGAAGAAUGUUUCAACCAGCUGUCAUGGAGAACAUUCAACAGAAGACCAGCAGUGUCCUCUGAAACUGGACGAGUGCCGCAGCGUGAGUUUACGUACAGGGUUUACGUUUCACUUGAAUAACCACUGCAGCAGAUUCUUUACUUUGGAGGUUAUAUUUACUACAGUAACAGUAACUAACAUUUGCUUUGUCUGAUCAGACCUGAGUUUAAAAUGUUUUUAAAUUCUGACAACAGGAAUGUGAGUUGCAGGUUCAACACGAGCACUUUUAACUUUGACUGAUUGAUUACAAACACCUCAGUGUUUCCUUUUUAAGUCUGCUCCAUCAGCUCUACCUCACAUCAACACCUUUACAACACGAAUGAAACUAAAGUACCGCUCAUGUUUUCUCCUGCUCACUAACUGAAUUUAUGUGGACGAGUAAUAUUUCCUGUGACGAUUGUAUUUUAAAAUUCUGUUUUUGAUGCACUUUCUAAAAGAAUGACACAGUACCAAACAGGUAUUGAGAGUUACCGUCACCUUUUAUUCUUCUUCGGGGGGUCGGGGACAGAGGACAGUCCACUUAUUUAAAUCAUGAAUCAAAGUUGUUUUGUUUCAGCUUCCUGCUGGACGAGGAGCGUCUGUGUUAUUGUAAUGUAUCUUUUUUUAAAGUUUGUAUUGUGUCAGUGUAUUUUUUUUAUUUAUUGUAAGUGUAAUAAAUAAUUGAGAAUAAAUAAGUGCACUGAGACCCUUCACAUUUCUUACAA